AUGCACUUCGGGUGGAAACUGCGUGUACCGGAAACUACGUUCCGCCAGCAGGAGGGAAGAGGUGCGGGGGGGGGUGGGGGGAGAAACCGAGAGAAGGGGGAGGGGGAGGCGGGCUGGUGUGUUUGCCGGCCGCUUCUCCCCACCCCCCACCAGAGCCUCGGAGGGGCUGGAUGGUGGUAUGUGUGCAACAGAGAGCAAUUAUGUGAAUCACUUCAGCCUGUCUUUGUCCAGAGUUACCUUGAUCAAGGAACACAGAUCUUCUUAAACAACAGCAUUGAGAAAUCGGGCUGGCUGUUUAUUCAACUGUAUCACUCUUUUGUGUCAUCUGUUUUUAGCCUAUUUAUGUCUAGAACAUCAAUCAAUGGGUUGCUAGGAAGAGGCUCAAUGUUUGUGUUUUCCCCAGAUCAGUUUCAAAGACUGCUUAAAAUAAAUCCAGACUGGAAAACCCAUAGACUUCUUGAUUUAGGUGCUGGAGAUGGAGAAGUCACUAAAAUCAUGAGCCCUCAUUUUGAAGAAAUAUAUGCCACUGAGUUAUCUGAAACUAUGAUAUGGCAGCUUCAGAAAAAGAAAUACAGAGUGCUUGGCAUAAAUGAAUGGCAGAACACAGGAUUCCAGUAUGAUGUUAUCAGCUGCUUGAAUCUGCUUGAUCGUUGUGAUCAGCCACUGACUUUAUUAAAAGAUAUUAGAAGUGUACUGGAGCCAACUAGGGGCAGGGUCAUCCUUGCAUUGGUUCUGCCCUUUCAUCCAUAUGUGGAAAAUGGAGGCAAAUGGGACAAGCCCUCUGAAAUUUUGGAAAUUAAAGGACAGAACUGGGAAGAACAAGUGAACAGUCUGCCUGAAGUUUUCAGAAAAGCUGGUUUUGUGAUUGAAGCUUUCACCAGGCUGCCAUACUUAUGUGAAGGUGACAUGUAUAAUGACUACUAUGUAUUAGAUGAUGCUGUCUUCGUUCUCAAGCCAGUUUAAACAUGAAGUUAAAAAGUCUCCAGAGUCAAACCCAAGAAGCAGCCUCUAGAAGAGGUGUUUGAUUUAAUGAUGAUAUAAAGGGAGGGAGUUUGGGGAUUGCCAUUCUAAAUAUCAUGUAAGAAUUUUAAGACCAAAAUACUAAUGUAUUUCUUUGUAGUAUGUUUAAAAGGACAGUCGUGUUUUUUUUAAAAGACUUCAUUUGAGAAUAAUUUUUACCAGUUCUUAACUUUAACAGUGCAGUCCAUAAUCCAACUGUGACAAUAGAUAUUUUUUAUACUUAACUGCCAUAGGGACUCGUCUCCAGACAAAGCAAUAGUCACAAUUACAUACAACCAGUGUAUGGAUUGUUCUUAGUCAAGUGAAGACUGGCAAUAAAGCUGUUCAUUCAGUUCCAAACAUUGUUUAUAGUGUUGCAACUGAUAUUCUUCCAUGUUAAGAAUUUACUUUCUCUCUGUCAUUCUUCAGAAAAUGUUUUUAAUCAUGCUAAUAAACCU